UCACUUCCGUCGGCAGUAAUGUUUUGUUUUGCUGAGCGAACCAUGUAUGCGGACUUUUAGUUUAUUUACUUAAACUUUUAGUUUAAUAAACUCACCGCAUAGACUAUAGAAACAAGAAAAUCGUAAAAUAGUACAGUGUUGAAACUGGGCUUUUAGAUUGAAAGUCCCAAUCGGAAGCUAAAUAGCGCCCCCUUUGUAGAGUUUGUGUUUUUGAGAUCCGUGCUCAAGUUAAUCGUAAACCAAGCAGACGCGAUGCAGCGACUGGUUGUCGUACUAGUGACCGCCGCGGCCUCCUUCACGCUCGGCCUGCCCCCACUGGAAGCUUACCCAGAUGUCGUACCGUGCCUCGCCCCGCUGCAAUGGGAGGGUAGGUGGGUGCUGUACGACCACGGAACCGGGAGGAACAACCGGGCCGCGGUGUCCUACGACGGCCAGAACCGGAGACUCCGAAUCCUGCAGCAGCACAAGAAACACACACCGUGUCAGAGGUACUUUGAGUACAUCUAUUUGUACGACAGCAUGGUGAUGUUUCAGAUCGACCAGAAGACUAAAGAAUGUUCCAAGGUUGCUCUGACCGAGUCCUGGGACCCUUUCGACAUUCCAGACAACUCCACCUUUGAGGACCAGUACAUAAUCGGUGGUCCCGGGGACAACGUGCAGGUCCAGGAAUGGUCAGACAGGAAGCCAGCACGCAGACAUGAGACGUGGGUGGGUGUGUACACCCUGAAGGACUGCUACCCCGUGCAGGAGACCUACAUCAAGAACAGCAGCGUCACCACGUCCACUCGCUUCUUCAACCUCCAGCUGGGCAUCAGCGACCCAAAUGUCUUCACCCCUCCCAGCACCUGCCAGUCGGCCCGACCCGUCGCCAUGACAGAGUCCCACUGCUGAGGCCUGCCUGUCGGUUUUGACCUGGCACCGCACAUUACAUAUUGAUUAGCUGCUAAUCGAUUCUUGAUCAGCAAUCAAGAUGAAAGAUUGAUGCUGUCACACACCUUUUAAUUUAGUUCCAAAGUAAAACAAUAAGCUGAUGUUUUCAAAGACAAAGAGUGUUUUAAUAAAUUGCUGACUUGUUUUGUUGGGCAUGAGUCGUCCCGUUAACUCAGGCAGCCACUAACACUCAUAAUUCAAAUGGCUUCAUCAUUUGUAUGCUAAUGUGCUUUCAAAGGAUAAUAAACUGAAAAAAACACUC